UCUCACAGAGCCUAUUUACAUGCGACGCACACAUUUUCACGUGUGAGGAACGAUGGCUGAAACAGACGAAUGUAUCACGUUGGAGGAAUGUUUGAAUAAACUUGACGUCAACACACAGCAUCCAUAUAAUUUUCUGAGCCUUCAAGACAAUGUGGCAGCGGACUUUACAUCUCUCACCAAAACUCUUUAUGACCUCCACAAAUCCCAGGAGCCAGCAGAAUAUAACGGCAGCCCGCUUGUUCAGCUGGUGGUGGAAAGGUUUGAUGAAGAACAAAUCUGGCAGGAGCUAGAGCUGCAGAACUCUGCUGUAUUAAAACACUUUAGAAAUGCAAUUGAUGAGGCUUUGUCUGAUGAGACGUUAGCGGUACUGGAAGAGGAUGAGGAGAUGGAUGAAGAAACUGGGGAUGAGGAAGGCGAGCCCGAUGAAAAUAUGGAGGAAGAAGCUGACGAGAAGCUACGUGGGUUGAAGAAAAUGGGGGACCAUGACGCAGAAGAUGACACAGAUGAGGACUCUGAUUUAGAUUUUGACGUAGAUGCCCUGGAGAAGCGGGAGAAACAAAAGAGGAAGCCCACAGAGAAACAUUCCCAAAUGAAUGGCCUUUUCUCAGAAGUCGAUGAUAAAUUCUUCCGCUUGUCAGAGAUGGAGUCAUUUCUUGAUGACAUGGACAAGCGAGAAGCAAAGGAGAACGAUGACGAAAACAAUGUGGAUUACUUUCAGAAUCUGCCCUCAGAUGAGGAUGACGAUUUUGACCUUGAAUUGCUCUCCAGCAGAAAGCCAAACAAAAACACCACGAGCUCCAGAGACCUUAAGUACAAGGACUACUUUACUGCUUCCGAAGGGGCUGAUGCAGACGAGCUGUUGGAUAGUGAGGAUGACAACAUGCAUGAGGACAAAGAUGAAGAAGUAGAUGAUGAUGAUGAUGAUUCUGGCGAGGACUUUAACAAUGAGAACGGAGACAUAAGCCGGGCAAAAGCUUCUCAUAAAAAGGUGACUUUUAACCUUUCUGGAGAUGAAAGCGAAGGGGAAGACCUUGAAGAUAUUUUGGGAGGAAAAAACCCAAACUCCAAAAAAUCUCAAUCCCAAUCAUCACAUGAGAAAAUUCAAGAAAAGAUGUCGCAGAAGAUCAAGGACUUGGAGAAAGCGUCUCUUGCUUCAAAGUCAUGGCAGUUGUCUGGAGAGGUGACAGCCCAAUCACGCCCGGAGAACAGCAUGCUUGAGGAAGAUUUGGACUUUGAGCAGGGAUCUCGGAAGGCUCCUGCUAUCACCGAGGAAACCACACUGCAUCUGGAAGACAUCAUUAGACAGAGAAUUAAAGACCAGGUGUUUGAUGACGUGGUCCGAAAAGAGAAGCCCAAAGAGGACGUGUUUGAGUACAAGAAGAGACUCACGUUAGACCACGAGAAGAGCAAACAGAGUCUAGCAGAAAUUUAUGAGCAAGAAUACCUCAAGCAAACACAGGCACAGAAAGAGGAAGAGGAGAAUCCAGCCCAUGUAGAGAUCCAAAAACUGAUGGACACACUCUUCUUAAAGCUGGAUGCGCUCUCCAAUUUCCACUUCACACCCAAACCUUCUGUGCCUGAGGUGAAGGUGGUUUCCAACCUGCCGUCUAUCACAAUGGAAGAAGUGGCUCCAGUCACUGCCAGUGAUGCUACACUGCUUGCACCAGAGGAAAUCAAGGAGAAAACCAAAGCUGGUGAUAUCCUGGGUACCACAGAGAAGACAUCAACAGACAAGAAGCGUGAGAGGCGACUUAAGAAGAAGGUGAAACAUUUCAAAAUAAAGGAGAAAGAAAAGAAAAAGAAGCUCAAAGAAGCCAGUCAAGCCAGCGAGACCAAAAAGCCAUCCAAGGAGCAAGCAAAAGAAGACCUGAAGAAACUCACUAAAGGAGGCAAAGCUACUAUACUCAAAGAUGAGGGACGGGAUAAAGCUCUGCGCUCCUCUCAAGCCUUCUUCUCUCAGCUGCAGGAUCAAGUGAAAAGUCAAAUCAAAAGUGCCAAGGGGCAGCCUACAAAAAAGAAACAGAAAGAGGUUUCUGCCAGCAAACUCAAGUUAUAGUGACUGCCUCACUAAUGUUGUGGCAGAUAAAUAUAUUGUACAGAGUCCAAUUUUAUUAUUAACUUCAGUUUUUGAAAUCUUGAAGAUGUUUUUAUUAAAAUGAAACAAUACUGAA